AUCUGGGGCUUUUCUCUCUCCUGUUCCAAAGCUCUUCGCUCUCGAGCGAUUCGUUCACCUCCAAGCCCUAACCCUAGAUCGAGUUCCCUCCCUUUUUACUCAAACCUUUGUCUGCGCGCGGGACAUUUGUGUUCCGAAACAAGGAUCGAAACAAGUAUCGAAACCCUAGCCGCAGUCGAUUGCGAGCAAGCGACCUCGUUCGAGCUAGGGUUUGAGAAAAAUCGAAUUGUUUCGGACUCGAUUCGCUUUGUGUGUUGGUUGGUUGGUUUGCUGCUGGAUCACAAAUGUCUCGGUGUUUUCCGUACCCUCCUCCUGGGUACGUGAAGAAGGGGAUCCACGAUGAGGCCCUGAUCGAUUCGAUUAAGCUCCAAAGAGAAGAUGAGAAGGCCAAGAAAGAAAAGAAGAGGGAGAAAAAAGGAGAGAAGAAAGAAAAGAAGGCUCGAAAAAAUGGGGAGCCUGAAAAUAAGAAGCAGAGUCAUAAGAAAAGGCACAAAGUUGAAAGGCAACAAGAAGACAAGAAAGGUACAGACAAUGGAAAGAAGAGAAAACAUGAAACGGAAAACCUUGACAAGAGUGACCUUACUGAAGAACAUGAGCAACCCGUUGGUUCCCAGAACUCUUCUGAUAGCACCGUUAACAGCAACAAAAGGCAGAAGCAGGACUCUCCCCCUGAUGGCAGGCAAAAUUCUGCAAGCAUUCUUCGGAUCCGGUUGCCUCUCCAAAGGCACAAAGAUCCUGAACUGCUACCCAGUGAGGAGCAGCCUUGCCGGUUCCCUCUCAAAUCGCACAAAGAUCCAGUGGUGCUAUCCAGAGAGAAACAACCUUGCCAGUUGCCUCUCCAAAAGCACAAGGAUCCAGUAGUGCUACCCAAAGAGGAACAGCCUUGCCGGUUGUCUCUUCAAAGGAACAAAGAUCCAGAAGUGCUACCCAGUCCUGAACAGCCUUGCCGGUUGUCUCUCCAAAGGCAAAAAGGUGCAGAAGUUAUACCCAGCCAGGAACAGCCUUCCAGGUUUUCUUUCCAAAGGCCUAAAGGUACAGAUGUUCUCCCCAGCCAGGAACAGCCUUCCCGGUUGUUCCUCCAAAGGCCCAAAGGUCCAGAAGUGCUACCCAGCCAAGAACAGCCUUGCUCUUCCUCAGGAAGGACAGAUAAUGCCUUUGUUGAAGGACUGCAAGAACCUGCUCCUAAACAAGGCAUAGAGGAGGGACAGCAUCCGUGCGCUACUUCUGGAAAUGCUAGCAAUGAACGCUCUUCCAGGCGUGGUAAAGAAAAACACCGAAAGUCUGGCAGUGGUUCUCUUCCUUCACAAUACAGAGAGCUAAUUGAAAACUGGGUUCAACCUCCUCUCUCACAAUGUCUUCACAUGGAUGUCGACGAUGAGGGAUGGUUUGAGGCAAAGACAAAAUGGAAUUGUGGCGUUGAGAAACCUACAGUCGUCAGUGACAGCCUGAGCUAUGGUGACGCAACGUCUUGGCCAUGUGCUCGCCUCUUCCCGGAGUCCGAUAUAUAUGCAUUGCCAUACACAGUACCGUUCUAAACCCCCGCCUGGAAAGUGGAAGAUUGACAAGUGAGGAGCUGAAAGCGCCAGUGAACUUU